GAACCCUUGUCUUUCUACUUUAUUUUAUAUGCAGUAUUAUUCAGAAACCAUGUCUGUGUCAUCCUGCUUUAUGAUUGAGUAGUAGGCUAAGCUUGCUUAGGGUUGUAGGAUGUUAGCCGCAUGAACUGAACACAAAUAAGUGAUCUUAAUUGUUCUUCAUUCAUAUUGUUCUUACUGCCUGCAUUGAACUGAUCACUUAAUGUUUGAUCUUUGAUUUAAUCCCCUAGCUAACCGUUUAGGAGAUAAAUUGAUAUAUAUUGAAUGAGCUUUGUAUCCCUAAUCAGCGAGAGUAAAUAUUAGGGUAUUAAGUGAACUAAUCAGAUCUCGCAUCUAAGGCUUGCUAUCGCGUCUUGCUCCAAGCGAGAACUUAGGACUCAAGACCGACACGCAAAGGGAACAAGAUCACGAUAGUGGGUUGUUCUAGCCGAGUGAUCUGAGUUCUAGACUGCAUUUCAUCGUACUUGAAUAGUUGUUCAGUCCUGCAAUUAACAUCCGAUUAGUAACCCUAAGCCAGCUUCAUUUAAAUCGAAUUUGAAUCACCUAGGCAUUCUUGUUACUCGUGUCAUAAUUAAUUCUCAAAACUCCACUUGUUUCUCAGCUUAACAUUGAACACAUAGGAGUAAAGAGUAAACUGCUCCUCUGGAUUGAAUCUCAAAUAUUACAAUUACCACUGUUAACUUGAUAGUAGCAAAGAUUCAUUUUUAAUGUAUCAGACAGACCAGGUUAACACUCCAAAACUAUCAACACAACACCAGUGAAUAAGUUUGAAAAUCUCAGAGAUACAACCUGGCUUGUUGGGAGAUGAAUGAAGCAUGAGGUGGUGAUGAGGGCCGAGCAACCCGUGCACGAAGCUACAACCAGAUUGACAAGCUGUGACGUAAAACAUACAGUGACUGCCACGGGAGACAACGAAACCCAUAAAAAGAGACUGCAUUCCGCAGUAAUAAGGCCAUUCGAGGAACCCAAACCAAGCACCAACAAACCAGCCACCGGGACUGAAGUAGAAGAGAUUCUUAGGACCAAAAUCAUAGAGGAGAUGGAAAGCCAAAGAACUCCAGAGGCAGAAUAAACUGAGAUCUGAGAAAACUUCAUAUUUAAAUCUGGACUCAUGAAUGAUUCUGAAGCAGAAGACAGUAACAGGAGAUGGAAUGAUGAGAUGGAAAGUCUCUUGGAAAAGACAGAUCUGUCCAAGAAUGAAACUCCAUUGAUGAUAUGGGAUUUGCAGAGGAUGAGAGUUUUGACAGGAGAGAAGGAUCUGUUAGAGGUUCUAACGGGAGAUGAAGGUGGAUCGGGAGGUUCUGGAGGGUCAGGCUCUGUCAACUGACCGGAAUUCAUGGCAGAGGAGGAGAAGGCUAAGGGAGGAAGCCCCUGGCGGCUAGGGUUUUCUAGAGAGAGUUUUGCACUCUGUCUUCUUCCUGCAGGAGAUAUAUAUUUAUGUAUAUAUAUUUAUGUAUUCUGGCACUUCAAAAUAUUUUGAUAAUAUUUGUAUCAUAUUGUAAGUAAAACCUAAUAACUUAUGGUAUAUAUAUACCGCAUAUAAUAUAACAAGAACAAUAGGAAAAAACUAAUUUAUAUAAUCUAAUUCAAAUAUAACUAUGAAAUCAGUUGUUCUUUCUUAUUUUAAGAGUAUAUAAUUUAAAAUGUAGGAAUCUAAAAUUAUUUUAUAUAAAUUAAUAAAAUAUCAUAAUCCUAACAUUAUUAAGUAUUAACUAUAGUUAAAAAGUUAAAACGAAAGUAAAAAGAAAAAAACGCUUUGACGGCGAUGCAAAAGGCGAUUUAGGUUUCCAUGUUUUCACGAAGGUGGGAUCUGGGUAUCACCAACGGUGAAUGGAUCGGAGGAGAUCUUUAUCAAAUCAACGUUCGCACAUACAUGGGAAGACAAUUUCCUUCGGAUUCUCGAUGUAUGGCAAUGAAAUUUCGAGUUGUUUUUUCGGAGAAGAUAUGGAAGAUCAGGUUUGUGGGGGAACAAAAUUUGGUUUCAAUCAUCUUUAAGAUGAAAUCGAAUGUAUUUAAAGGUAAUAUCUUUCACUUUCUUCAAUUGAGUAUCUUGCUUGAAGGAAAGGGGAUGCGAGGAAGGAAUGUGGGAUUUGAUAAUGUUGGGAUAUGGAGACUAGGGAUCUGUUGGUUUUUGAGAUGAGAGUUUGGAUCUGUUGGUUUAUUGAGAUCGUAAGUUUAGGGAUUCAAUUGUUCUAUGAGAUUGUGAUACAGGGUGUCAAUUAUGGAUUUGAUAUUACUACGGAAUAUCUUCUAAAUAUUAGAUUGGCUAAAUGGAAUUGCUAUAAAAGGACGUCUGGGGUUCUUUUAUCUUGCAUCAGUUGUUCUCGUUUUAUACUAAUAAACGAGAUUCAUAGCUUUCUCUGUAUCAUGUCGCAGAGUCAGUUGCUACACAAGAGUUAGAUGAAGAAUGGUGAUACCACCCGCAAGAGGUUGAAGAUCUCGGUGCCCCACUUUGACAACUCUGAGUUGAUCAAAACCUUCUCCAAAACGUUGAUUGGUCAGUGCAUGAACCCGGAGGAACAAGACGUGAAGGCUUUGAUCACAAACCUGCAGAAAAUAUGGUGUUUGGAGAAACGGGUUACUGGAAUGGACCUGGGACUUGGAAAGUUUCAAUUCGUAUUUGAAACUGAGGAGGAGAUAGAGGGGGUCUUGAAGCUUCAACCUUAUCACUUCGACUACUGGAUGCUGUCACUGGCUCGAUGGCAACCAAAGAAAUCUCCACAAUUCCCUUCGGAGAUAACUUUUUGGGUUCGGGUGUUAGGCGUCCCUGCAGAGUUCAGGACGGCUCCUACUUAUGAGAGUAUCGGGGAUGCUAUUAGAAGAACGGUGAUGGUGGAUGUGGAACACGUGCGGGUUCAAGUGGUGGUGGACGCUUUCAAGGAGCUCUGCUUCGAAACCACUAUAAACUUCAAAGGUUGGGAAUUCUACGAGAGUGAGGAGGCCUUGGUAUCUCUACGGUAUGAGAAGCUUUUUGGCUUUUGUCAAUUUUGCUCCAGUCUUUGUCAUAAGGACGAGAAGUGUCCUCUGGAUCCUAAGAAUAUAAAGAAGAGCCCGGAGAAGAGUAGGGAGAUGAGAGAGGGAAAUGGUGGAUGGCACGAUGUAGGAAAACAUGAUGAGAGAGCCCGGAGUUACAAGGGAGUGGUGAUCAAUGGAAAUAGCAACCAACCAAACAGAGAGAGGGAGAGUCGAGCUUAUUUUGGGAAGGGGAAAGGAAAAGUGGCCGAGGAUCAUGAUCACAAAUGGGUGAAGACAGCGGAGAGGGGUCAUAAGAGGAUCUCUUCCUACCAUGGGAACUCCCGUGGUGAUGCAGGAAGUUCGUAUAGAAGAUCAUCACGAAGAGAGGAAAAAAAUGUGGCACCACAGGAGGAUCGGGUUCAAACAUCUCCAAGACAUCUGGAACGUCAAGAUGGUCAGAAUGAAAUAUGAGAAGAGACACGUGAGGAAGGGGAGAUUAAGAGUGCUGGCGAGGAAGCUUUGACUCUUGUUUCUAAGGAAUUUAAAGCUGCACUUGCUGAGACACAGGCGGCUGGUUUGGAGGUGAUCUCUGAUCCUGUGGAUGGAGAGGAGGGCCUACAAAAAAUCCAAAGUCUUUUGGAGAAUGAUCGAGCCCCGGAGGGAGAAGAGGAGGAUGUGAUGGAGAUGGACGAAAUUCAGGCAGCAUUGCUGGAACAUGGUUUGGAUAAGAAUGCGAUAGAUGCUCUUCCGGCAGUCUCUGAGGAGGAAAUGGAGGAAAUGAUUGCGGGGUACGAAGAGGAAGAUCAACUUCAGGAGGCAGGGGAACAGGCUAAUGGCGCAGAUGAGAAGAAUAAGGAUGCAACGGAGCAGGCCAAGAAACAGGGGACUCGUAAAAUACUGUUCCAACCUUCAAUCAACGUAGAAGGAAGCACAAAGAUGAGGAUUGCAGCAGGGCUUGUCUCUCCUCGCAAACGUGCAGCAGCCAAGAUGGGGACUCGUAAAGGGGAUACAAGUAAGCCAUUGGAGAGUAAAGGACCGUCAAACCCGAACUCUGGAAACCUGAAGAAUUAAUUUUAUGGAUCAAGUCUUACUAGUAUCUAGCAAGCAGGGUCUGGGGUGUUUAAUUUUCAAAGUUUUCUUAUUGAUGUUUUGGUAUUGGGCAAGAUCUCUUUAUAAGAUCAUGCAUUGGAAUGAAAUUUGCUAUUUGGAUUACUGGUGUUGGUGUGGUUUGGAUCAGAGGUUUAUUAUCUUUGCAUUCAGAUGUUUUGGUUCUGUUGGUAAGUCUUUGGCACACGGCUCAGCUUUGGAAAAGUUACUGUGGCCGGUCUCAUUUAACCGAAUGCAGUCAAGAACUCGAUGGCUUUGUCAUAGGUUGGCAAGGUCUAUUGGUCUGGAGCGUCAACAAGAACGAGGAAGGAGUGAUGUUCGAUAUAAAGGUAACAGAUGGAGGUUGCAAAGUUCUUUUUCUAAAUAAGUGUCGGGUUACACGGUUGAGGCUCCAUUUGGUUUACGGACGAUCGCAUUAUGGAUUACAAUACUGGCACUUUAGCUCUUACCUCGCAGGAACAGAGUUAGGCAGCUUCAGGUUAAUAUGUUGGACAAAUAUUGGGUCAAGAUAAUAGUAAACAAUAAUGUCUUUUUGGUUUUAUUGCAUAUUGUGCUUUCGGAUCAAGAUAAUGCUGUAGAAACAUUUGUUCAGUAUUGUUACUUAAAGGUUUUGAUUUGGGUUUGGUGUUGCUUAUAUAUGGAUCGGGAAUUAUUUUACAUUACGGACAUGCCAUUUGUAUUGGUUCUACGGCCACCGGUGCUUUGGUGUUACUCGUUGUUCCUUCAGAUAGUAUCUUAUAUGGUAUUUGGAAGAAUAACGAAUCACAAGAAGCGGUUGGAGAUUGCGAACUUGUUGUUGGCUAGAGACUAUUCUAAUAUUUUAUUUCAUCACGGGACAUAAAAGUGUUUUCUUUGGAGGUUUCAAGGAAAAUUUCUAUGGGAUGGGGUGGAGAUAGGAAAGUUAAUAAGUUUGAAGACAUUAACGUGGCGGAGAGCCUUUUUACUAUGGGGGUUGGAGAAUUCAGGGUAUCAUUACACCCAAUUUAGUUAGCUCAAAUGAGUCCUUCCAUAUAUUUUUAAAUGAGAGCACUAAGUUGGAAUUGCCGAGGAAUGGGAAGUAAGUGGACUAUAAGUUAUUUAACGGAGAUAUGACAUAAACAUAAGCCGGAUUUUUUUUUAUCGGAGACAAAGCGAGAAUUUGAGUUUGUCCAGAAAUUUCAAGCUCAUUUCGGAUUUGAUAAUCUGGUCACAGUGGAUCCAGUGGGACGAAGUGGUGGACUAGCGCUUUAUUACAAUAAUGAGUACCAGGUUAAUGUUUUAUAUUCAAGUAAUCGAAUGAUAGAUGUGGAAGCAGUGGCUCUUGGAAAAACAGUCUAUAUGACGUUUGUGUAUGGAGAUCCAGUUCAAGACCUACGAGAACAAGUGUGGGAAAGUUUAACUAGAUAUGGAAUUUCGCGAUUAGAGCCAUGGUUUAUUAUUGGUGAUUUAAAUGAGAUCACAGGAAAUCAUGAAAAAGAAGGUAGAGCUUUGAGAAGUGCAAACUCAUUUGUUCCUUUCAACAAUAUGAUAAGGAAUUGUGGUUUACUGGAGUUUCCUGCCAAAGGAAAUAAGUUGUCAUGGCAAGGAAGAAGAGGCAAAGGCAAAGGGGCAGUAAUGGUUAGAUGUCUUUUAGAUCGUGCAUUAGCGAAUGAGGAGUGGCACACGCUAUUCCCCUGUUCUUAUACAGAAUAUUUAGGGAUGGUGGCAUCGGAUCAUCGCCCAGUAGUGGCUUACUUAGAAGAUAAAAUUAUCAGGAGAAAAGGGCAGUUUAGAUUUGAUAAGAGAUGGGUUGGACAAGAAGGCCUUAUGGAAUCAAUUACAAUGGGAUGGUCCGAUAAUAGUGAAAGAACAGGAACUGGUAUAGUGGCAAAAUUUAGUAAUUGCCGUCAUGAAAUAGCCAAAUGGAGGAAAAAUAAUCCACCUUUUGGGAAGGAAAAAAUAUCAGACUUACAGAAGGCUCUUGAAGAGGUACAAACAGAUGAUACUAGAUCUCAGGAGGAUAUUAUGGAGGUGUCGAGAAAGUUGCAAAAAGCUUACAAGGACGAAGAGGAGUACUGGCAUCAGAAAAGCAGAAAUAUGCGGUAUUCAUCUGGAGACCUCAAUACAAAAUUCUAUCAUGCUUUAAUUAAGCAACGAAGAGUCCGUAAUAGGAUCGUAGGUCUAUAUGAUGUUGAUGGAAAUUGAAUUACAGAGGAUAAUGGAGUAGAGAAAGUUGCGGUUGACUAUUUUGAAGAAUUAUUUACUACAACUUCUCCAUCGGAGUUUGACGAUUUUUUCUCAGAGGUAACACCGAGCAUAACUCCACAGAUUAAUCAACGAUUAAUGAGGAUAGCGACAGAGGAUGAGGUCAGAGAGGCUCUGUUUAUGAUGCAUCAAGAGAAGGCACCAGGACCGGAUGGCAUGACAGCUCUCUUUUUCCAACACUCAUGGCAUAUUAUUAAGGGAGAUUUGGUGGAGCUGGUGAAUGAUUUUUUGGUUUCUGGAGAAAUGGAUUCAAGGUUAAAUAUUACUAAUAUAUGUAUGAUUCCAAAGACAGAGAGACCUACAAGGAUGACGGAGUUGCGACCCAUCAGCUUAUGUAAUGUAGGGUAUAAAAUUAUUUCGAAGGUUUUGUGUCAACGUUUGAAGUUGUAGCUACCCUCUCUAGUAUCAGAAACGCAAUCGGCAUUUGUGGCAGGACGGCUGAUUUCUGAUAAUAUUCUUAUAGCACAGGAAAUGUUUCAUGGAUUACGGAUUAAUGAGGCGUGUAAAGGAAAGUAUAUGGCAGUAAAAACGGAUAUGAGUAAGGCUUACGAUAGGGUAGAAUGGGAGUUUAUUAAGGCAUUACUACGGAAAAUGGGGUUUCAUGACCAUUGGAUUAGACUAAUGGUGGAGUGUAUAUCAUCGGUUCAAUAUCGGGUCCUUUUAAAUGGCCAACCUCGGGGCCUCAUUGUGCCACAAAGGGGUUUACGUCAAGGAGAUCCUUUAUCUCCCUAUUUAUUUAUUUUGUGUACCGAGGCUUUGAUAGCAAAUAUUAAGAAGACGGAGAGGGAGAAAUAAUUAACAGGAAUAAAGGUGGCCAGAGCAUGCCCUUCAAUAUCUCUUUUGCUUUUUGCGGAUGAUAGUCUCUUUUUUUGUAAAAGCUCAAAAGGAAGAGUGUUACACCAUUCUAAGGAUUUUAAAGGAAUAUGAGAAAGCUUCAGGUCAACUAAUAAACUUUGAUAAGUCUUCCAUUCAAUUUGGGCACAAGAUAGAAGAAUCUGUCAGACAGGAGCUAAGAGAUAUUUUGGGCAUACAUAAUUUGGGAGGGAUGGGAACUUAUCUAGUCAUGCCGGAAAGUCUUGGGGGUUCUAAGAUACAAGUUUUUGUCUUCGUACAGGAUCAGCUAAAUAAUAGGGUCAAUGGAUGGACUUUUAAGUUCUUUACGAAAGGAGGAAAAUAAGUGAUCAUCAAAGAAGUGAUUACGGCUUUGCCAAAUCAUGUGAUGUCUUGCUAUCGUUUACCCAAGGCUACUACAAAAAAACUGACGAGUGCGGUAGCACAAUUUUGGUGGAGCCCUGGCGGUAAUACAAGAGGAAUGCAUUGGAAAUCAUGGGAUAAAGUAUGUGUUAGUAAGGAUGAUGGAGGUUUAGGGUUUAAAGAUAUCACUGAUUUCAACACGGCGAUGCUUGGUAAACAGUUAUGGCGGCUGAUAGAGAAGCCAAAUACUUUAUUUUCUCGAGUUUUUAAAGGUCGGUAUUACAGGAAUGCAUCACCCCUGGAUCCGAUUCGUUCAUAUUUUCCGUCAUAUGGUUGGCGGAGUAUUGUAUCUGCUAGAUCUCUGGUAAGAAAAGGACUAGUCAAAAGGGUGGGAACAGGAUCCUCUAUAUCCGUAUGGAAUGCUCCUUGGCUUCCAACCACUCGCCUGAGACCAGCUAAUAAAAAUCAACACAAUCUUUACCCAGACCUUACAGUGGAUUCUCUUAUUGAUCCUCAUUUGCGAAGAUGGAAUUCGCCGACGCUUCGGGCUUUGGUGGACCCACAGGAUGUCAAAAUUGAUAGAAAGUAUACCACUGAGUAGAACUCGGAUGGCAGAACAAGCGGGAUGGCAUUUCAAAAAUAAUGGAAAAUAUACGGUUAAAUCUGGAUAUCAGGUUGAAAAGAUAUACCCAGAUAAGGAAAAACCACCAUUAGUGUUUGGACCCACGGUGGAUAUUUUGAAGGCAUAUUGUUGGAAAAUACGGUGUCCACCGAAAAUUAAGCAUUUUCUAUGGCAAUUGGUGACAGGGUGCAUAGCAGUUAAGAAGAAUCUGCAUAUGCGAGGGAUACCCGGAGAUAUCUGUUGUGCAAGAUGUGGAGCAGAGGAGGAAUCGAUCAACCAUAUUUUUUUGAAUGUCCUCCUGCACUUCAGGCAUGGGCUCUUUCAAAGAUUCCAAAAAAUCCAACUAUGUUCCCAACAAGUUCUCUCUUUGUGAACAUGGAUCAUCUCUUUUGAAGAGUUGUUCCACAGAUGGAGGAUCAUCAGUUUGCAUGGAUACUAUGGUACAUAUGGAAAGGAAGAAAUAAUAAAGUCUUCAGUAAUAUUGAUGUGGAUCCUUUGGAUACUCUUAAACUGGCAGAAACGGAAUCAAAACUUUGGGCUGAGGCACAAAUAUUGAAUGACCAAAAGAGGACGCCACAGGUAGAGGCUAUGAUUCUUCCGUCAAUUCCAGGAAGAUGGUGUUUUACGGAUAGUUCCUGGAAAGAGAAUGAUAUUUUUUCAGGUCAAAGAUGGUAUAGUACCUUAGAAGGAUUUGAGGGCUUGAUGGGGGCAAGGAAUGUCCGGGCUUCACUCUCUCCUCUUCAUGCAGUGAUGGAAGCUUUACUAUGGGCUAUGGAAUGCAGGAAAAACUUACGAUAAUUUCAGGUUACAAUUGCAAUGGAUUGUUCUCAAUUGGUGAAGAUGGUUUCAGAACCAGAAAAAUGGUCAGCGUUUGCAAGUUAUUUGGAGAUAUAAACAGCCUGAAAGAGAGUUUUUUCAGCGCAGAGAUUAUCUAUGUACCAAGAGCGCAUAACAAGAAGGCGGAUAGCUUAGCCCGCAGUGCUAGGAAGGAAACGUCUUUUAUAGUUCACAUGGAUCAAGAUCUCCCAGUGUGGUUCACAGAGUCAAUAUGAGUCUGUAAAGUUGAUUAAAAAAAAAAAUAUUAACUAUAGUUUUUUUUACUGUAUUUGACUUCAAGGGAGUCACAAAUUUCACUCCUUCGUACUGAACUGCACCUUUUGAUUCCAUUACCUAAAACAACAUUAUCGUAUUGCAAUCAUUUUAUUACUGACUCAUAAGACUUAGUGGAAAUGGUUUCAUUUCCCAAAGAAUGGCCAGCAGAAUAUUGGUGAAGUUGAAGUCCUAUGAGAUACCGAUCAAAUUUUCAAAAUGGUUUUUUUUUAAGGACAUGCUCGCACCAAGUAUUGUGGUUUUUCCUAUGUCAUAAUAGUGAUGUCUUACUGCUAAGAUGUUUUUAAAUUCGCCCUUUACGAGUUCGUAUUAAAUAUUUAUAACUCUUGUUUAGAAAAUAUUAUCAAACUUGCAAUAAAAUUAACACACGAUAGUUGACGUGUGACCGAAGUUACUUUCAGCAUGUUUUGCAAAAGGUUGUUGGGGGUGGAUUUACAUCCUCCCUCAAGGCCCAUUAGACAAUGUACUAAGCUCAUUUGGCUAGAAAACUCUAGACAUAUAUUUGUAUAAAUAAAGAGAUAUCUCUCUUGAGCAAGGGAUCUCUCUUCUCCCAUUUGAUAUUAAACACUUCAUACAAAGAGCUUAUUGAUUCUUAGAUUUAUUUACACUUGUAAUCAUACAUGUAAUAUAAUCUUUAAUCAAUAAAUUCUUUUUGAUGUUCUUUCUCCAUUUGAUUUCUCUUUACCCUCAAGAAUCUAAGAAAUCUAUUUCUUAAAUUCUUCAUUGUAUGAUUCCGACAAACACACCGUUUUCGGUUCAAACAGUUGGCGCUAGAAGGAGGGGUCCAAAGAGAACAAUUUUCAAAGCAAAUCAAAUUUGGAAGAACCCUAGAUCUACAAAAAAAAAAAGAAAAAAAAAAAAAAAAGAGAAAGAUCAAGAAUCAAAAUGGAUUAUUUUCUCUUCCAUUCUCGAAGCAGAGCUUUCUCAUCCCCGGUGAACCUGUAAUCAUAGCCGUUCCAGAUCUUGCUUCACCUCAAGUUUUCAGUCCGGCAACUAGAAGAUCUCGGUGUGAUCUCGGCGUUCUCGGUUCGUCUACGUCAAGCAUAAAUCUCCGGUCAAGCAUAUCAGUUGGGCCCGUAAGCCCAAUUCUCCACUGAAGGAGCUUGUCGCAUCUGUCUCCUCUUUGCUCAGAAAGAUUGCAAAAAGCUCGAGAAUUGAUCUCGGCGAAGCUCACGAGCUUGACCUUGCAACACCUGAAACUUUCAGUCCAUCAAGUAGCUCCCGACUCGUGCUUUGGAGUCCCGCUUUGCUCACGGAAGAGACAGAGGUCAGAGAUUCAAUCCUGGUGGCGAGUUUGAGCUUUGACGAGGAAGACGUACUUCUUGGCACCGAGUGAAUUCGAAGAUGUAGAUCCAGCGGCUUCGUUGAUUGAUCGCUUCAUCUUCGUCAUUUCUGAAGAAUCUGACGGAACGACAUCCUUGGAUGAAUGCUAGUGACGGCACGGCCGCAUGGGUAGUAGUUUCCUUGAAGCGGUAUCCUAUCUCUUGUAACAGGCGAUUAGCUCCUGGUCAUCAAAAGCCUCAUCGACAAGCUCCACACGAUACUCCAAGUCUGAUCAGUCCCCAUCGCCUUUCUCAUGAAGCUCUGCUCUUGAUGUCAUUGGUUUUGUAACGGCGGAGUCGUUGUUCUCCGGCAAGAGAAACAAAUUACUUGAAGGAUAAAGUUCAGACAUCAUUUAUUGGUUCGUGGGCUAGUAUCGGAGUAAUAGGUCAAUCUCGUUUCAGCUAUUCCCGUCGUUAGCUAUCACUGGAGAACAGAAGCCACAGUGAUUUAUUGACAAAGGAAGAAGCUUUCUCAUGAAGCGAUGCUCUUGAUAUCAGCAAAGGCUCACCAAAGUUCGAAACUUCCUUCGAGAGCCUCACCAUCUUGCCGUCAGAAGCUUAUAUAAGACAAGCUGCAUCUCUCAGCCUUGUUGAAAGUUUGAGCUCACGAGCACGCAAGAAUCAGAAAGGUUUCUCUUCAUCUCGUCGUACUUAUCUCGGCGUAGUCUUGCCGCUAACAGUUUCAGGAUCAGUAAUGGAAUGUCAUUGCAUCUUUGCCACAAGAAGUUGAGUUUACUUGAAUGGUUCUCGGCUAAACUUAACACUUGACGGCGACGAAGGCUCAGCCACUUGCUCCGCAUCUCAUUCGAGGCUUGGAGUUGUUCUCGAGUACAGCCGGAGAAGGCUUUUCCUGUGUUGAUCAGCGUUAGCCUGUCCCUUAGCUGCUGGUUCACCUGACUUCUUGGGCUGUCUCUGUUUCUUAGGACGAGAUGGAAAUGAUGAAACGAUCUCAGCAUGAUAAUUCUUGAGGUCGACAUUACCUUGCCUUCUUCUCCAAAGUUCGCCAAGACGAGCUUACCGCAACCGGCACGAACUUGAGAGAAGGAGAGACCGAUGGAAACAAACAACAACAACAUAGAGCUGCUUCUUCAGCUAUGUACAGAUCCGUGCAGAUGAUCUCUAGAGAAGACUUAUAGGGAACGCUCUACUGAUGGGCUAAAGCAGUUGAGAACUGCGAUGUGGCAAUGGUUGAUCUCUCAACUACACGUAACAACGAGGUGUCAUAUCGGCAACAAAAGCUAUUCGUCACGAACUUGCCAUCUCAGUCGUGUUUCUCCGCAUGGCUCUAGAGUAUCAAGCUCUAGACAGACCUGCAGCGGACGUGAUUCUCGUCGGCUCGGCUUCGACUUGUUACAUACAACCACCUCUUCACAACAAAGAUAAGUUAUUUUAUCAAACCAUCACGUGUUUUAAUCACGUAAACAUUGUGGCUUUGGUUUAAACUAAUGAAACAACUCUAAACUGUUCAUUCAUCUUAUGUUAUUGCUUAGCUGUUGGUAGUCUAUGAUAUUAAUAAGUUGACAAUUAUUAUAUCAUCAUGCACAACUCACUAGCAUUAAGUAAAAUCAAGUUCAAUCGGUUGUUUAUUAAUUAUGCAAUUGUUGAUUUUUUCUCUUGGUUUAUAUUGAUCUAAUCAUGAUCAUGGUUUUCUUGAGCCAGAGAUCGUUGAGCCAAAAGGAAAAGAGAAUCACAAGCGGUUGCCACCAUCAUGUCCUCAUGCUUCGAAGGACGGCCCUCACCUACGAGCUUGUCGGAAGCAGCACAAGUCGGCGUUUUCUCACGUCAUCAUGGCCUGACGAACACACAAGCCAACAACUUUCUCGGCACACAUGAUCUCAACACGAGACUUCGGGUCGGCAAUAGUUCGGUUCAAGGAGAUGGUUGGUGCAGAGGCUGGAAAAGUGGUUGAUAUCUCAACACUGUUGAUGGGUUUCAGGGAAUGGAGAAGGAUGUUGCAAUAUUUUCAUGCGUCAGGGCUAACGAUAAAGGGGAAAUAGGUUUUCUCUCUAAUUCUCGGAGAAUGAAUGUUGGCAUUACACGAGCUUAGUCUUUUGUACCGGUAAAACAAAGUCACUUUUUCUAUGUGCAUAGAGCAUUUCCAAUAUAUUAUUCCAUUUUCUAUUCCAAAAUAGUGUAAUUCCAAAAUAUAAUUGGAUUUUACUCCAAUAUAUUACUCCAUUUUUUA